AUGGAUACUGUCGUAUCGAAUCUACCGCCAGGUAUGGGACAGGGCGAGCGGCAGACAGUUCACCCAUUCUUCCACCAAGUUCCACCGAACUAUGUCGAGCCCAAUACGUCUCAUACCCCUUCUGCAACGACCACCAAUUCUUGCAGCUUUAUUCCGUCCCAAAGUGAGCAAACGAAAACCCAGAAAGAGCCUCAUAUUCAAUUCGAAAAUAUGUCGAGAGACUCAAAGAUGCAAGAGCCUUCUGCUUUAAAUCCAGAAGAGGAUCCCAAUGCCAGCCGGAGGAAACGACGGAAAAUCGACAAGACCAAAAAAGUGGAACAUGAAGCCUCUCUCAGGGCUGGCAUGUCAGGAUGGCUAGGGCAAGAGAUUGCUGCACCAGUGGAAGACUCUGGUCUCAAUACUACAACGGAGACAUUGGGGAGCCAGACACCGCUCGUACAAGAAAUCGCCCAACCUACCCCCGAGGAGAACAAGUCAACUUCCACACCGUCAGCAAAUCCAACAGAGCCAUUUGAUCCCGAUCGGAAAGUGCUCAAGGUGAAUUCCAAUGGCAAAUUACUCGGCUCGCCCCCAAAGACCUUCCCUGGAAUAUCUGACCAAAACAAAUCGUCUGGUAACCGCAGACGACGUCAGAAAGUCAAAAGUCGAGUUGUCUCCAUACAGUACACGUCGGACGAAGAAGGAAAGACUGGGAAGUUGAUCGAUGAUAUCUUAAACGGAAAGCUAGUCUAUAAUACCUCUCGUGAUGCGCCUAUACCGGCCAAGGACCCAAAGCUCCCUUCAAAACGCGGCGCAAACAAGCCGUCGAAGCCGACACAUCCAUUCUUUGCGAAGAAACCGCCGACAAAACCUCAAGCAGAAGCUGGGGCAGCAAUUGCAUCGCCCAACCAAACAGCCGGCACCAGCAAUUCAGCCAUUCCAGAUCGCCCCUCGUCUUCUCCGUUUGGGCGACCCAAGAACAAAUUCCCAGAGCUUGCUCACGCAUUGUGGCCACCACGAGAUUUUCACGCUGAAUGUCAUGAUUUCAAACAAAAUUUGUCAACUCGUACCCCCAUUCAGUAUCACUCGGAUCGCAAAAAAUCCAAAGUACCGGCUAUUAGAGUUGGCGACGACGAAAACGUCUUUCUCAAAGGCACUUCCUUAGCUCGGACAGCUGCCAAAAGCGAUAUGACCAACGAUUGCAAUAUUCGACCUACUUUGCGGGUCCCAGUGCGAGAAACAGUUAGUGGGAGAGUUUUGCAAAGAGCAGUUGAUGCGCAAUUAUCUUGGGCUUUCUCCAACCAGCCUUCUGCGGUUUCUCUCCACCCUUCAAUUUCCAAACUUCGAUCAACAUUGCACAGCUCCCUCUCAGCAUUUGAUCGUGGAAAAUACGAGUCUCAACUAUGGACCCACAAAUAUUCCCCAAAAUUAGCGGAAGAAGUCCUACAGGUUGGACGCGAGACACAAAUCCUACGAGAUUGGCUUCAACACCUCGAAAUUACAGCAGUUGAUACCGGAAAACAAGCAGACGAGAACAAGAAAGCGAAGCAUAAGCACCAAAAGAAAAAGAAAAAUCGAAAUAAGGCCGAUAAAAUGGACGACUUCAUUGUUUCCAGCGGAGAAGAGGCAUCCGAGAUGGACAAUCUGUCUGGCUCCGAUGAUGAACUUGCUGGUGGUGUUACGGUCUCUACUCAGCGGACUGUAGUGCGGUCUGGAGACCCAGGCGCUUUCUCUCAGUCUGACUUAGCUAAAGCUCCUCUUGCCAACGCCAUCCUUCUGAGCGGCCCAUCUGGCUGUGGUAAAACCGCCUCGGUGUAUGCGGUCGCCAAAGAGCUUGACUACGAGGUAUUCGAGAUCAACCCUGGUAGUCGCAGGAACGCCAGAGAUAUGCUUGAAAAGGUUGGAGACAUGACUCAAAAUCAUUUGGUUCAUUUGUUGAACGAAUCUGAAGACUUGUCUUCGAAAAACCGCGAGCCUAUUCAGAUAGAUGAUUCUAAGCAAAACAACCUGAUGGGUUUCUUCAAAAACCAACCAUCAAAGAAAACAAAUGCACCUCCUGCGGCAGACCCUACCAACCAAGAAUCUGAGACUGAUUCGAAACGUCCUAGAGAGCAGAAACAAUCUCUGAUUCUUCUCGAAGAAGCCGACAUUCUCUUUGAGGAAGACAAGAGCUUUUGGACAGGCGUUUUAACCCUCAUUAGUCAAUCUCGUCGUCCUAUAGUGAUAACUUGCAACGACGAGAGUCUUGUCCCCACUCAGGACAUGUCACUACAUGCCAAAUUACGCUACCAAAGGCCGCCGCCUGAUUUUGCCAUCGACUACCUACUUCUUGUAGCUGCUAAUGAGGGGCAUCUCCUGAAAAGAGAUGCCAUGAAUAACCUUUACAAUGGAUCAGGCCAUGACAUUCGACGAUCUCUCAUCGAACUGAACUUCUGGUGUCAGAUGGGUGUUGGCAGUGAGAAAGCAGGGCUAGACUGGAUUCUUCCCUUAUGGCCGCCCCAGGCUAACGUGGAUGAGAAUGGUGAUCGACUUCGAGUGCUCAGUCUCAAUACUUACCAGCCUUAUAUGGGAUGGCUGAAUCGAGAUCUCUUUCUCACUGAAUCCUCUUUAGAGAGUGAGAUAGAAGCGUCGCGAAACACACUUCAUUGGUGGCGAUUGGGCCUCCAAGAGCUAGAAGAUGCGAGUGUCCCCGAUUACUAUGAUAGCCUCCCUGCGGAUCAACUUGACUCAGAGAACAGGCUUGAACAGCUCAAUCUAUUGACCCAUCAAGCGGAAUUCUUGGACAGCCGGAGCGCGCUUGAUAUUCUCUCCUCGGGGUAUACAUUGGACAAAGCCAAUGACGCUCUUGAUACCGAUAUUCCACCAAUGCUGGAAUCUCACCGAUCAAACUACGUGGACGCUCACCCGCUCCUGCAAUCCGACUUACGUCCCGAAUAUUCCUCGCUCGGAGAGGACAUCAGCUUAACAUUAACCGCGAUGCAUUCUCGUCGGUUCCGCUCACCUGUCCAAAACACCGAGUCUUCAUAUACAGCCCGAAUAAUGAAUGGCUGGGCCAAAUCUGGCAUGCGUCGCCAGAUCUACCCAUCCACCAAACCUGGUUACCAGAAAGUCUUUGGCCCAAUUAUGCGAGCCCGACACUGGACCUCUACCGGGCGCCUUGCACCAUCAUUUGAAGGCUGCCUCGCUCCAAUUACCGAAGAGCUUGCGCCGUACAUUCGUGCAAUCAUGGCCUUUGACGGCCGCCUAAAGGUAUAUCGUGACACUUUGUACACAGCCUGGGUACAGGAGCAGGGAACUGGAGAGAAGCGUGCGCGCACAACUCGCGCCAGCAGAGCUGCCCUCGAGGGAAGUGAUAAGGCUUUCACGCGGCGAGAAAGAUGGUUUCCUGAAGAAACCAACUAUUUUCUCGUCCAGGCUACCGGCAUGCCUGAAUGGCAGGACUCCUUGAUUCGGAUGGGGCAUUUCAACGUUCAGCCUACAAUACCAUCUACUAGCAGUGAUAUAGAGAUGGGGGAGUCCCAGUAG